AUAACUUUUAGUCCUUGCCAGUUUUCAAAUCUUAGAAUUUAUAUUAGCCUCAUUACUUAAACAUAGUAACUGGUGAAUUAUCUUCUAGUUAUCAAAUUCUGCUAUUCCUUCCCUAAAAGAUUUUAAUCGCUUCAAUCAUAUCCACACUCAACAGCUGAAUCAUUUAACUCAAUGGAAAGAAUUUCCCAAUUGCUUAGCAUCAAGCAUGCUAGAAGAUUGUGGAAAAAAGAAGCACCAAUAUUUCUAGAUCACACCUCCAAUAAACAGUUAUGGGAAGCUUAUCAAAAUGAUCUUCAAGAGUUUACUGUAUUGUUGAAUACAACUAAGAUUGAUGAUUCUACUGAAGUACCAAAAAGGAUUAAAAAUAUAGUGGAAUCCAUAUUAAUGAAAUACAAAGGAAAUUUCAAGGAAAUGAUGAUAUUGCUUUUCAAAUUUUUACAUAGCUAUAUCAUAAUAGCUGAUUUAAGUGUUACUGAAUUAAAACUCUUAAAAGACAUCACUCUUGAUUUUACUGUGUUUUCAUUUGGGGAAAUCCUUAACGGAGAUGCUGGUGAAAGUACUUCACUACAUGCUUAUGAAAAGACUCUGCUUUUUAAUUAUUUAUCUUUUGGAUUUGGCCUUAAGGUCUUAAAUUAUAAGAAAGAUGUCAAAAAAAUAAAAAACAACAACCAUCCUGUUGAUCAAAGAAUCAAAAGAAGAAAGUUAAACUCGUCAACCAAGAAAUAUAAUGUUCCAAAUAAGUUCUUUGAAUCGGCUGGAUAUUUUUGUCCAACAUUUUACAACAAUACAGAGCUUGAAGAAGAUAUUAAAUCAUUUGAAUUCCGAGAAGGCUUAAGGCCCGCUUACAACCAACUCAAGUUAGCACCAAUUGAAGUGACACAAGAAUCAGAAAUUGAGACAUUAAUCCAAAAUGCUAUCAUGAAUGCCGAAGGAUUAAUUAUAGAUGAAAAUGGAAAAAGUUUUGAAUUAGAGAUUAAAAGGCAAAAAAGGUUACCCUUCAAACUCGGAAAAUAUGACCAUCAUAUAAAAGUUACACCUGAUCUAAUAUUGAGUUUCGGAAGCUUGAACAUUCCAUUAGAAGUUAAAUAUUCAGGCUUAGAAAGAGCUUAUGAUGAUUUCAAUCUGUGUAUAGAGAAGACUUUUGUUGGUGCUAAGCCAUUUAUCGAAAUCUAUUCCCAAGCUUUCGCUCAAGCCCUUGCUUGUGACUCAAACUUCUUUAUACUUUCAGAUUACUCUUUUACCAUUUUAUGUGCAAUAGAUGAUCAGCUUCUCCCAACCGAUGCUGUAACUCAUACAAACCUUAGAUCUAUCAGAAGUUCAUGUUUUACAGUUAAUAAUUCUAAUUAUGGAUUUACAACGAUUAUCAUGAUAAUGAUAAGUUAUUGUUUUAAGCAUAGGUCUAUUAUAAACUUAGAUAAUUUCAGAGAAAAGUUAAUUCCAAAUAAAGAGAGACUCCUGCAAAAAAUCAAUAGCCAAUAUGAUAUAUUAAUAAAGUUCACUACAAAAAUCCAGACGAUGCUUUUGCUAGAUGUCAGUUCCACAAUACACUCUGCGGAUCUUUUAACUUUACCUAAAAGUGGAAACAGUUUUGAUGAAGUUGAAGUUGAAGUUGAAGUUGAAGUGCUUCGUGAAAUUCAGAAUGAAUUAAGAAGCUUGGGGGUCGAAGUUUCCCGAACAGAACUAGAAAGAUUUGGCAAAAUUUAUUUUCACAAAAAUUUCAAAUUGAUAAAUUUUGAGGACUUAAAUAUUUCUAAAAUAAUCAGGGGAAGAUUAAUUCAUCAGAGCUUUUCAACUAUAGCAGUCCUUAAUGAAAAUAGUUUAAUUAAACUUUACGAUCCUUGCAGACUUAAGUGGAUUAUUAAUUCAAAUACCGAUUUCUCUAGCUUUCAGGAAAUUCUUAGUGCUGUGUUUUCUAUAUUUAUUAGAGAAGUACUAAGUUACAUCUAUUUAAGAGAUGCAACUUUCAUCCCAAAAUUAAUAAAUUUCGGUUUCAUCCAAAGCCAAUUUAGAGGCUUCAUGAAAAGACUCGAUUUAAAAAAGAGUAUUCCUUUUACUGGCUUUUAUUUGAUUUUAGAAAAAAAGGAUUCACGGCCUUUGAAACAUUACAGAUUGAAUGAACAAAUAGCUAAAUUAGUAGAGGCAGUUAUUGAAGACUUGCAUAGUAAAAAUAUUUCUCAUGGUGAUCUACAUCCUGAGAAUAUUUUAUACAAUAAGAAAUUGAAUCAAGUAACCCUUAUAGAUUUCGGAAUGUCCUUCAUUGCCUAUAAUCGUGGGAAUUAUGGCAGAAAGGAAGUACCACUUACUAAUAAUAUACUUAGAUUACUCCGAAAACGACAAAGACAGGAUUGGAAUAAUUAUAAUAAAAUUUUUUUUGGAAUCUACCAUAGGCAACUUGAUUAAAGAAACUUACUUCAUGGUAACAUACUUAUCUAAUUAUCUCUAAAUAUCCUAACUAUCUUGUUUUUAUAUAUGUUAGGAUAUCAACUCUCUGAAAAAUAACUUUAUAUUUUCAUAAUUUAAUAUAUAAGUCGUAUUUCUUAAAAAUACCAUUCAAAUAGUAGUUCGAUCUUUUGCAAAUUACCUUAACCAACUUCGUGUAUAUUGAUGGCUGGUAUAGCCCAAAUAUAUAAAAGCUUCCAAGUAAUUGAAUGUAACCUUAGAAACGAGUCACUCAAAUGCCAUGAGUUAAAAUUGGAGACUACCAUCAUAAAGUUAUGAUCCUGCUUCAAUCCUAAAGCAAAUUUGAAGUAGAAGAUUGAAAUAUUGGAAAUCGUGCUUAUCAUUUCAUCGCUUACUAUGUAAUUGUUUCAAAUUAAUUUGUUCAAUAUUUUGUU